AAUGAAAUUCUCCGGCGAUAAUUACAACACUAGUACAUAUUUGGUCAGUACGACGACGAUCGUGUUAGAUUGAGAUAUUCGUUGGCUGAACCGCAGAGGAGAAUUUAUUAUCGACUAAUAAACGUCGGAAACGAUGAUGAGGGUUUUAUGCUUGAUGUUGAUUUUCACUAGCCAAAACGAACGAGUAGAAAUGACUGGGACGAGGAUGAAAGAAAUGUUUAAUUGGAAAAAUAUCGAAUUUACUUUCGAGAACGAGACGCAGAAACAAUCGAUGAUCGAAAAUGGACUUUACACGAAGGGUAACGCGAUACCUACCUCGAUUGCUUUAUGGAACGAGAAGAUUUUCGUUACAACUCCUAGAUUCAAGUUCGGUGUACCGGCUUCGUUGUCUUACAUCGUCGUUAACUUUACUGAUACCGAAACCGAAGUAAAAUCGCCAGAAUUGAUCCCGUAUCCGAACCUGGACGUACACGAUUUACAAAUACGUAACAUAACGUCGAUACUGAACAUCCACGUAGACAACUGCGAUCGUUUAUGGGCCAUAGAUUCCGGUCAAAUUGAACACAAACACGAGACUGAUCCAGCCAUCGUCGUAUACGAUUUACGAACAAACCUACAAAUAGAUUCGCAGAAGAUCAAAACCAAGACAGAUUACAAAACCGAGCCAUUCCUAUCGGAUAUUCUAGUCGAUGUUACUUCUUCAAACUGUGACACCGCUUACGUCUACAUCGCAGAUGCGAACAACUACGAAUUAAUCGUUUAUAACAUGAAGAGUCAAGAAUUCCAUAAAGUUGGCCAUAAUUAUUUUCAUUUCGAUCCUCUGUGCGGUGAUUUAGACAUAGAUGGGAUCCACUAUCAGAGCCAGCACGGUAUCUUUAGCUUAUCGAUGUCACCGGUGGGCAGAGACGAUCACCGAAUACUGUAUUUUAGUCCUUUAGCUAGUCUGAUGCAGUUCGCCGUUCCUACCAAAGUAAUCCAGAAUAAAACGUUAGAUACAGCGAAGAGUUUCUACGAAUUUAAAGUAAUGGGUUCGAAAGGUUUGAACUCGCAGUCGUGUGCUUCGAGUUUCGACGAAGAAACCGGUGUCCUGUUCUAUACGUUGAUUUCAAAGAACGCGAUCGCUUGUUGGAAUUCAUUCAGCGGAGACGAAUAUAGUGAGAAAACCCAAGGAGUGAUUACCGAAGACAAAACGUUGAUUUAUCCAUCGGACGUUGAAGUAGACAAGAACGGAGUACUCUGGGCUAUAUUCAACAAUCAGCCGAAAUUUCUACACAGUACUUUAGAUUCGGAUGAGAUUAAUUUUAGAAUAUUUAGCGGUACUAUUCGUAGUAUGAUUAAAGGAACUGUGUGUGAUUCGAUGUAAAAGUAAACGAGUAUCUAGAUUUAUA